CUGUCCGUUUUAGAAAAUUUAUCAAAAUUAUGCAAAAAAUUGAGAACGAUUCAAAUUCGAGGGGACAAUUUUGACGCCAUUCAACAAUCAAUGAUAUCCCUGAUUCACAAUCAAAAUCGUCUCGAAAAUUUGAUAAUAUUUGGGAAUGGAGUUGCCAUAGGUUCUAAUUAUGAUACGACCAUUUCUAACAUCCUCUCGACGGUGCAAGACGUUGCUCACUCGCUAAAGAAGCUUGAAAUCGCUGAUGUGUUUAUGAGAGAUAAAGAAGCAUUAAAAGCUUUAAUUCAAUGUAAAAAUAUAUCAACUUUGCAUUUUGAGAAUUCAUUUAUUUCACCCGAGAAUUUUCAAUCAAAUCCUUUAAACUGGAAAGAUUCAAGAUUGUGA